CUUAGCUACGCAAAUAAUUAUAGUGCCCAACAAGAUGUCCGAGUUGCCCAGCCCUAAACUAAUCUCCCUAGACUACAACCACUCCUUCACAUGCAAUGGAGACGUGGACAGAGACAGCUGCUACCUGUCAAGUGUGCAACUUGGAGAGUAUGAUGUCAUAGCAGCCAUUCGCAUGGUCAUAUCUUGUCUGAGCAUCCUCGGAGCCAUUUCAAUCGUGUCAUGGGCCAUCAUAAAGAAGCAAGUUUGUAGCCCAAGGGUCCACCCCAUCUUUGUACUGUCACUGGCUGACAGUAUCCUGGGCGUGUUAUUCAUCCUGGGGGGUAACCUAUGGUUACGGAGGGCCCCCAGCAGAGUCGGCUGCUUUGCCGUCUCCCUGCCAACAGUUAUUCUUGAGUGUGUGACUGUGAACCUGACUGUGGUCUACGCACUGCUGGCUUACUCGAGCAUUAAGAGGAAAAAUGUUAACAAUCUACUGGGAUCGGACAGAAGAAGAACACAAGUGUGGAGUCCUCUGAAGAAUACCAUUGCGUACCUCAUUGCAUGGCUGACCCCUAUCGUCGUGGUGAUGAUUUUCUUUGGAAUUGUGUCUAGUGCAACUAAUUUAGUGAGUAAAGCCAACUCCUGCAGCUGCUACUGUCUCCCAGCGCUAGGCAACGUACUGCCAUAUGUGUUACCCAGAGAUGUGGGCAGUGCCAUGUAUCAAUACUCCGCUAACAGCGUGAUCUUCAUGUACGGCAUGAUUCUGAUGGCCCACUAUCUGGUGUGCUUGAUCAUGCUGGUUGUCAUUUAUCGCAAGCUACUCAUGUACAUCAAGGCAAUGAGAAAAGAGUACGAGAACACACGUGCAGAUACCUACACAUACGGAGCCACAGGAGCUCUACUGGUCCAGGGCCAGGUCAAGGCCAAGAAAAGAGUGCUCUACUUCAUCACUGUGUUUGUGGUGAAUGGAUUCUUCAAUUUCAUGUUGGCCUUCUUCCUGGUGGUCAUCGAUGGUUUGAACAUCCACAGAGGCCCGGUAUUGAAGGACGACAUGUACUUCAGAGUGAGGCCACAGGAGCCAAUCGAGAAGUUCUACAUAAUGCUUCUCAUACUGCAGUCUGUCACAGUUCCCCUCCAAGGGUUCCUGAAUGCCCUAGUGUACGGGUGGACAAGAGAAGACUUCCUUCACGUAAUGGCGUACAGCAAAGAAACACCAGCGAAUGUGGAAAAUUUGGAACCUACCUCUAAAAACAGUGAACGAGACAAAGAACUCGAAGCCUCGGUUGAAUUUGCCGAUAAUACGUUCACAAAAAAGGAGGUUGACAUGGUAAAGAAGAUGACUGGCGGCUCGCGAAUCCUCUCUUUAGGAAGACGGAUGAGUGGUAGAAGAAGUGGCAGAAAUCAAAUACAAGCUUCACUAGUACCAACUGAAACUGGUUUCUCAGACAGUGAGAUCGAUGAAAGAUAGUGUGUGUGUGUGGGCGUGUUCGUGUGUGUGUUGUGCUAGUCAUGUGUGUUUAGUGUCUAGUGUCACCUCGUUGUGUGAACGUGUCAUCUGUUUUGCUUUUUAGAUCGGUAUGUUUGUGAUUUCAUUGUGCACAUGGUCUUAUUCCCUUGUAUGUAUCUCGUGCAUGUUUGCUA